GGACGCGCUGACGUCGCUGAAUGUUUAGCGGCGCUCGAGCAACCAUGGCAGCCGCUCGGUGACAGCUCGGCGGCUUCUCUCCCACCGUCCUUCCCUCUCAGUGAACUGCCAGCCUGAUCCCCGUUGCCGAGGGGAGGAUUUCUCCCCCUGGUUUGUUUUUAACUCACUUUGGAACUUUGCUCUUCCCUUACGGCGGUUGUGUUGAGCUUUCCUAAACUAGGCUUCAAAACUGGGCCAUUCUAAUUGAACCAUGCCUUGAUUUAUAUGGGUUUGACAGUAGCUCUUCAUAUUCAUUACUUUAAAAGCUGCAUCCCAUUGGACUUCUGCAGUUUUGAAGAAUUUCACUGUCUAGAAAGAGUGAAGCAGCCUCGUGGAAAUUAAAUUUUGUUACAGAAAACACUACAACAUGACUGAAAUUAACAGUGAAACAGGAUUCUACAGUGUACAAGUUGGUGAUUCUACCUUCACUGUUCUCAAGCGUUAUCAGGCAUUGAAGCCAAUAGGUUCAGGGGCUCAGGGAAUUGUCUGUGCUGCAUAUGAUAGUAUACUUGAUGGAAGUGUUGCUGUUAAGAAACUCAGUCGACCUUUUCAGAACCAAACUCAUGCCAAGAGAGCUUACAGAGAGCUUGUCCUGCUUAAGUGUGUUAAUCAUAAAAAUAUUAUUAGUUUGUUAAAUGUGUUUACACCGCAAAAGUCUUUAGAGGAAUUCCAAGAUGUUUACUUGGUAAUGGAGUUGAUGGAUGCCAACUUGUGCCAGGUUAUCCAUAUGGAGCUAGAUCAUGAGAGAAUGUCUUACCUUCUAUACCAGAUGUUAUGUGGUAUAAAGCACCUUCACUCAGCUGGCAUUAUUCACAGAGAUUUGAAGCCCAGCAAUAUAGUAGUAAAGUCAGACUGCACACUGAAAAUUCUAGAUUUUGGACUGGCAAGAACUGCCUGUACUAAUUUUAUGAUGACCCCGUAUGUAGUGACACGAUAUUACAGAGCACCUGAAGUUAUUCUAGGAAUGGGAUAUAAAGAAAAUGUUGAUAUCUGGUCAGUGGGGUGCAUCAUGGGAGAAAUGCUGAAAGGUUCUGUGCUAUUCCAAGGCACUGAUCAUAUUGAUCAGUGGAAUAAAGUUAUUGAACAACUAGGAACGCCAUCUGCAGAAUUCAUGAAGAAAUUGCAGCCAACUGUACGAAAUUAUGUAGAGAAUAGACCAAAGUAUCCGGGGCUUGGCUUUGAAACACUAUUUCCAGAUUGGGUGUUUCCAGCAGAUUCAGAACGUGACAAGUUAAAAGUAAGUCAGGCCAGAGAUCUUCUAUCAAAAAUGCUCGUAAUUGAUCCUGACAGGCGGAUUUCUGUAGAUGAUGCCUUACAACAUCCAUAUAUUGCCGUCUGGUAUGAUCCUUCUGAAGUAGAAGCAAUCCAUCUUGAAUGGCUUGGAAUAAAUCUUCAAUCAAAGUACCGCCAAGGAGAUUUUUAGCAAAUUGGCAGGCACGUCCAUUACAACGCUGUUGUUAAUUUUAGCUGACAGCAAAUAUGAAUGUCAACAUCCCAACUUAGAAAGAAGCAAGACUAGUGGAGCCUCCAUUUAAGUGUGCAUCUUUCUGAGCAGCCAUGUCCUGCUGAGAUUAAGAUGGCUAGCUGCUCUAAGUGUUCAAAACAGAAGAAUCAUAUGGAUAUAUGAGCAAAAUAUUUUUGCUUUGUUCCUUCUGAAUUACGCUUGCACGGCAGUUGUGAUAUAAAACUUAGACUACAAGUAUUAAAAAGAAACCGAGGUUUGAUGUUUUGAAUGGUCUGCAAAGUAACUACUAGUGGAUUAAUCUGAAUCUGACAAUCGUGAGACAAUUGUAUCUCGUAAUUUAAUCUGUUUUCUAAAAUAAUGUUCAGGCAAACAAGUUAUUGGAAAGCAAGAUAUCGGGGAUGUGUUUUAUCUAUUAAGUCUUGAAACAUUCUUCUGUAUAUUCCAGACUACUCUUUCUUUUGUGUUGUACUAGGAGAUCCUUUGUUGAAUGUGAUUGAAUCAUUAAUUGAUGAAAAUAUAUAAAGGUUAAGGCACUUUCUGCAAUAAACAUCAG